AAUAUUUUCAUUUUGUUAAUUUUAACUUUCAUAGGUUAAGCACGUGGUUUUAGUUUACGUCUACAUGAACUUAUAAUAGUUAUCUUUAAAUUAAAAAGAAAUUCAAUGUCAUUUUUUUAAUAAUUGCAAUAUAAAAGAAUGUCAUUCCGAGGUCGUGGAGGUGGAUUUGGAAGAGGUGGAGGAUUUCGUAGUGGAAGAGGCGGAGGAGGAUUUCGAGGAGGACGCAAUAAUGAUAAAAAUGGAAGAGGAUUUGAUCAAGGACCACCAGAACAUGUAACUCCAUUAGGUCAUUUCACAUGGACAGUUCAAGACGAUUUAGUAGCUAAAGUAGAUAUAGAACAAGUACCUUUUUUUAAUGCUCCAAUUUAUACAGAAAACAAACAACAAAUUGGAAAAAUAGAUGAAAUAUUUGGCAAUAUCAGAGAUUAUUAUGUAUCUAUAAAACUAUCAGAAAAUAUAAAAGCAUCCAGUUUUCAAAAAGACACACAGCUGUUUAUAGAUCCAGCAAAGUUAUUACCUUUACAAAGAUUUUUACCUAAACCUCCUGGAUCAGUUCAAAAGAGAGGAGGUGGAGGUGGCCGAGGAAUGAAAAAAGGUAGUGGAGGAUAUAGUGGUGGUCGAGGAGGAGGUAGACCAUCCUUUGGGCGUGGUGGUUUUGGAAAAGGAGGUGGUGGCGGUUUUAAAGGACGUGGAGGAGGAGGAGGAGGAGGAGGAGGAGGAUUUGGUAGGAAUCGUGGAAAAGGAAAAUGGUAGAAAAUUGAAAAUUACAAUAAAUUUUUAUGCAAAGACACAUUUAGUGAUAAGAAUUCCUUAAUUUUAUUAAAAAGACUAAAAUGUAGAUAACAUUUAAGAUACAAAUGAAAAAACAAUGAAUACAAUAUAUGAUUUAUUUACACCAA